CACCUCUUGAUCGAUUAGAUAGCAUUCUCUCUGUUUCUUCAGUCGUAAAAUGUCUCAAAAUUCCUCACACGAUAUCACAAGUGACGUAGACCAACCGGAUGUUUGUGUUGAUUUUGCUGAUUUAGGCCCCGGCAUGGUUAAUAUGAGGGUUAAGGUGAGAAUUAUUAGGAGGUUUGUGUGUCCUGCGUAUGGCGUUAGGUUCGUGGAUUUCGUACUGGAAGAUCCAAAGGGUCAAAAGAUACAUGCUGUAAUUGGUGGGGACGUCGCGCAACGGUUCUCAUCUAUCCUCAUAGAAGGCAAUUGCAUAACUUUAUCCGACUUUGUUCUACGAAUGGCUCUCGGAAGGUUUAGACCGUCUUCGCAUAGAUUUCGACUUGGUUCAAACGCUCUCACUUCGGUCAAUUUAAUAAGGCCUUUCUCUCAAAGUGAUAAUUUCCAUUUCGCGAAGUUUAGUGAUAUCAAAGAAGGACACCUAAAUCCUUGCUUCUGUGUUGAUUUGAUUGGGCGCCUUCUGGUUACUUUUGAUUUUCGACGAUCGGAGUCGAAUCGUGUUAACCAUCGCUUUUUUUUUCAGAUGAAAGACCGAAGUGGUGUACGUCUAAUUUUCCGAUUGCCGGAUGUCUUUGUUGAUUCGUUUAUGAAUGAACGGAAGAAAUGGAUUGGUGAUUUCCAAAUUCUCAUCGUCAGAUUCGCUAAAUUGGAAGUCGUCAAAGGCAACGUUACUGCUACUACAGCUUGCACGUCCACUCAAUUCUUCUUCGAUCAUGAAUGUCCUGAGUUUUUGAUGGCUCGUCCCCGAAGUUCCAUCUGUGUAUCUGAUCUAAUUCCUUCUAUGAAUGAAAGAAUGAUGGGAAGAUUCAUAAUAAUUAGAAGAUUUCGUUGCUCUUCACGUUUGGACACGUUGGAGCUAAUACUAGCCGACGAAAAGGGUGACAGGAUACAAGCUUCAAUUGGUUUGGAUUGUUUCGCUUAUGAUUCGAGUAGACUUGUCGAAGGAACGUGGAUAUUUAUAAAAGAUUUUGGCUUGGUCGACGCUGUUGGGUCUGUUAGGCCAACUAGGCAUGCCUAUAAAAUUCUUUGGAAUCUAUCGACUUCUUUUAAGAGAACUGUGGUUACUGCUUCUGUUGACUAUUUUAAGUUUGUACGUUUUGAAGAUGUUCUUGCUGGUUUAGUCGAUCCAUGUGUUUGUGUUGAUUUGAUUGGUCGUCUCAUGUGUGUUGGAAAUUAUGACGAGGAUGAGGGAUUGAAUAGUACGUGGGAGCAGAUAUAUUUGGAGUUAGAGAAUGUUAGGGGUAUUCGUAUUCGCUGUCGCUUGCCGAAGGGGUAUGCCACGAAAUUUUUUUCUGGUCUGAAGACUUGUGCUGAUAACAUCAUCCUGUGUGUGAUGCGGUUUGCUAGACUAGAACUUUAUCGAGUUAAGGUUCUUAACAAAUGGCGUGAGAGAUCUGAAGCCGGUUAUCGAACUUUACGCAUGAUUUUGUGUGAUAAAAGGGGUUCUAUGAUUGAGGCUAAAAUCAAUUCCGAACUCAUUACUGAGUAUGAUUCCGAGUUCAAAGAUGGUGACUGGAUAGCUCUUCAUCAUUUCGAAUUAGAUUUGGUAACUGGGGAUAUGAGAACUACGCGUCAUGAUUAUCGGAUCAAUUUUCUUCCUUCGACAAUUUUGAAUCUGAUACCUGACAAAGACGAUCUUCACUAUGCACUAUAUCCAUCCUCUUUCCUUGACGUUUUGGAUGAUAAACUCAUAAGAACUUACCUGAUAAAUUUGAUUGGGUAUGUGGUUGAUAUCGACGACAUAAAAUACUCUGACCCAAGUAAACGAAGCGCUGGUUAUGCGAUGACGUCUUUCAAAAUUAAGGACGCAAAGAAUUAUGUACUGCCGUGUGUUGCUAUCGGAGAUCUUGCUGAGCAUUUUCACGAUGAGUGGAAAAGGACUAGGAGUUCGCGGGUUGUUUGUGUUUUGCGGUGGUGGGGAAUCUAUAAAGUUUCCGGACAUAUGGUUAUCCAAUCGGUUGGUAGAUGCAGUCGUUUGGAUCUUGAUCCUGAUAUGCCUGAGGUUGCUGAUUUCCGAGUAAAGUCGUCUGCUUCGAAAGGCUCUUCGCGGUCUAGGGACUGAGAGGAAGUUCAUGUGUUCCGGAGCAGUGCUUGAAAGGGAUCAACUUUGGAUCUCCUGUUUAACUUAAAUGU